GCCUCAACAACCACAUCACACCGAUUUCAAUCAACAGCACGGCAACGAUGAAAGCUCCAUCAGUGGCUUUGCUACGCGCGUUUUCGCCGGUAGUACGGACUGAGACCUUGCCAUGGACGGCCAGAGGGUGUCUCGCGCAGCAGCAAAGCGCACACUUCUCCAGCACGGAAAGGAGGGAGAAGAGCAAAGGCAAUGUAAAGAGAGAUCCUAGAAUCACACAAAUACGAUACCAUCUGCAACACCCUUUGACACCACGACCUUUGCGCUUCGGACGAAACAGAUAUCUUCGACAUUGGACAAUCCAUCGCGCGUGGAUGCGGUAUCAGGACAAACUGCGGAACGAACGCGAAUUGGAGUUGGAACGGCAAUAUAAUGCCAUGUCUGCGGCGUGUGAGGAAUUGAGACUGAUAGACCACGAGGGCAUGACGGCGGAAGACAGAGUACGGCUUGGGCAAAGCCAGAAGGCGAACGAUGCGAAGGAAACCGGAAGGCUCUACAGAAUCGCAAUGAAGAAGGAUGGGAUCUGGAAUGGAGUGCCGAUCGAGUAUGCGCGAAUACAGACAGACACGCCUCCGAGAGAUGGAUGGAAUCAUGCUUGGACGAGAUAGAGGCCAUACUUCGUGUACGAGACAUGAGCUCAUGCACCCAGAUGCAAGGCACGCAGAAGA